AUGAUUACAUGUGGUGGACCUUGUUAUUUUUAUGAAACAGCAAUUAGUAUUUUCGAUCAAUUUAUUGAUCUUGUCUUACCUGUUCUUUUGAGUUCAUAUGUUACUCUUGCACUUUUAAUUCGUGUUCUAAGACAAAAAUAUCACAUGCAACAACGGCAAAUGUGGAGAAAAAAUCGACGUCUAGUCAUACAAUUAUUAUAUAUUAUCAUUUUAUAUAAUCUUCUUUGGCUACCUAUGGUGAUUUGCUCAUCAAUUAUGCUUUUCUCAACAAUUCCAAAACCUAUUUUAAUUGAUUUGACUAUUAAUAUUUUACCAUAUGGUAUUUAUGUAGUGAUCUUAUUAUGUCCAUUUGUUUCUUUAAUGAGUCUACGUGAAUUAUGGCCACGAUCAGUUAGACGUAUUUUACCUUUUAGAAGAACCAUUAACUCAGUACGUCCUCAAAUACAAAUACCAAUGGUCCAUACACAUAUUACAAGUCGACCAGUAGUAAUCGCACAACAAAAGAAUCAUUGA